AGGAGCUGUGAGGGGAAAACGCUAGGAGAGGAAAGAGGGAGAAAGACCGAGAGACGGCAAGAGCAGGAGGUUAGAGAGAAGGAAAGAGAGGGGACUGUUUCAGGGUUGGAGAGUUUGGCCUUUCAACACAGUAGAGCCACUCAGGUCUUAGUGGAGGAUCUGCAGAUCUUUCAGUUAUCAGGGGUCUGUUCACACUGAGUUUCUGAGUGCAGGUACUGAGGAUGGCGGGAGGGAUGUUGAUGGUGUGUGUGCUGGGUGCUCUGCUUUGUCAGGUGUGGAGCUCUGCAGAAACUCUUCACAAAAGGGAAGAAACCCUUUACCCAUGGAGAAAUAAAGGCACAGGCAUGUACAGGGUGAAGAGGGACUGGAUCAUCCCUCCAAUCAGAGUGCUGGAGAAUAGCAAGCAGGUUCCUGAAGACCUUGUCCAGAUCAAAUCGGACAAAAUCUUUACAGGGGAGGUGAUUUACAAGCUAGAGGGAGCAGGAGUGGACCAGGAGCCCAAAAAUCUGUUUGAAAUUGAUGAUAAAACCGGAGUCAUCAGGAGCAAGCGGCCGCUGGACCGAGAGACCUACAACAGCUUCACGCUGAAAGCCUUUGCACUGUCUCCCAGUGGACAGAGACUAGAGAAUCCGUCCACCAUAGAGAUAGUGGUGCUGGAUCAGAACGACAACAGACCCGCCUUCACACAGAAACAAUUCAGCGGCACUGUCCCUGAGUUCUCAGUCCCAGGCACCUUGGUGAUGUCAGUUUCCGCCACUGAUGCUGAUGACCCUAUGACAGAAAACGCUUAUCUGAGCUACUCUAUCAUUGGCCAGGAGAGCGUUCCUGCCAAUGCUGUCGACAAGACAAUGUUUGGUAUCAACAACGAGACAGGAGCCAUUUACACAAGAGACGUAGGCCUGGACCUAGAGGUGGUAAAAAGUUUCAGGUUGAAACUGCAGGUUGGUGAUAUGGGAGGCAUGGGAUUAACGAGUGAAAGUGAGGCGAUCAUUCAUGUUUCUGAUAUCAACAACCAUGCCCCACAGUUCAGCGCUGCCUUGUACAGUAUGCUAGCAGUGGAGAACAGGAAUGACAAUGAGAUCGGCCGGGUGAAUGUGACAGACAAGGAUAAUAGUGGAACAGCAAACUGGGAGGCCAAGUAUUUUAUUACCAACCACCCUGAAGGCAACUUUGCCAUCACUACGGAUCCUGCAACCAACGAAGGAGUUCUGACCGUGGUGAAGCCUCUGGAUUAUGAAGCACAGCAUGAGCACGUCUUGAUGCUGAUGGUGGAAAAUGUCAAUCCUCUGAGCAACAAGGCUCCCAGCGUCCCAGUGAGCAGCGCUACAGUGGUGGUGACGGUGGUGAACGAGAAUGAGGCUCCACGUUUCAGGGAGGACCCCAUACAUCUUGUUGUCCCUGAGUCUGUGGUCCCUGGGACUUUACUGACAAGCCAUAUCGCCUCUGACCCUGAUAAUUCUGACCUGAGGUAUGAGAUUAGUCGAGAUCCUGAGAAGUGGCUGGACAUCGACAGAGAUACAGGAGACAUUUAUGCCAAGAGAACGUUCAACAUGCGAUCCCCAAAUGUUAAAAACAAUAUCUACAAUGUUAUUGUCAAGGUUACAGAUGCUGGUGGUGUGUCGACCACUGCCACCGUGGCCAUCACACUGAAGGAGACCAACGACUUCCCCCCUCAGCUCUUCCCUCUGAGCGGCUCUGUGUGCAAAGAUACGGGUCGCGGUAGUUCUGGUCUGGUUGUGACGGCUGUGGAUGAAGACUUUCCUCCGCACGCUGCACCCUUCAUCUUUGAGAUGCCUGACGAUGAGCUGUCAAUCAACUGGACUGUUGUUCAAGUCAACGAUACUCAUGCGGUGCUUCAGCCCCUCGUGGACCUGGAGGCUGGAGAGUACGUGGUCACAGUGUUUGUGUCGGACUCUGGCAGCCCGGUGCUGAGCGCUUAUGCUCAGGUCAAUGUCACCGUGUGUCGCUGUGACUCGUUUGGAGACUGUAAGUCGGAGGCGGGGGCUUUCCUUGGCUCCAGUGUGGGAAUCAACUUCAUCGCUCUGAUCAUCAUCAUGGCCAGUAUUGCACUCCUCCUGUUGCUGCUGCUGCUGGCUGUGGCGGUGACCUCCUGUGGGAGACGUCACCAUAUCAAGAAAGGAACAGGUCUGCUUGUCGGGGAAUCAGAAGACGACAUCCGUGACAAUGUCUUCAACUAUGAUGAGCAAGGAGGGGGAGAGGAGGACGAGAAUGCCUUUAACAUCGACAUGCUUUGGAAUCCACUUGACACCCCUUCAACCCCAGGGUCCUACUACCCAGGGUCCUGUGUUCCUCGAGGCAAGCAGCCCCUCAGGAAGGACGCCCCGCAUAACCUGCCCUCACCUAUCUACCCACGGAGGCCGCCAGCAGACCCCACUGACAUCGAGGACUACAUCAAUGAUGGCCUGGAGGCUGCAGACAACGAUCCGAACGUGCCUCCGUACGACACGGCCCUGAUCUAUGACUACGAGGGAGAGGGCUCCCUGGCAGGCAGCCUCAGCUCCAUUGCUUCAGGCAGCUCUGACGGAGACCAGGACUACGACUACCUCAACGACUGGGGACCACGCUUUAAGAAACUGGCCAACAUGUAUGACCCACGUUAACGGCGACAGCCCCUCACAGAAAGACAUGUGUGCUUCACCACCAGUUAGGGAACAUGGCUCAGAUUUUUUUUUCUGGGCACAUUUGGAAAGAUUUUAGUCCAGGACAAAAUUUGAUAUGUGCCGGAGAAAAAUAAGUGCUAUGCAAAGAAGGGGUGUAACAGUUCACAAACAUUUCGGUUCAGUACGUACCUCGGUUUUUAAGUCACGGUUCGGUACGUUUUCGGUACAGCAGAAAAAAUGAUCACAAAACAUAAAAUAUUUUUUGGGGUUUUUAAUUAUUAUUAAACGGUGAAUAUUCCCUCAAAUAAAUACAAAAUAUAAUAAAGUAAACAUUAAGUUGCAGCAUUUCGACAAUGAACUGUACUACUUGAGCUGUACUGUACUGUUCACAUCAGCAGCUUGACAUUAGGUCAGCUUGUUCAUUCAUUGUAUUUUCAUAUUUUCUUUCAGAAAAAUGAACUUGUCCACAUUAUUUGCAGAAAGGGCAGAUCGGCUAGCACUUACAAUGUCUCCUGAUGUGGAGAACACCCUCUCGCUUGGGCAGUGGUUCUCAAACUUUUACAGUCAGGCCCCCCUUCGGUAAUGGAAAUAUUUUCGAGCCCCCCCCGAACCCGGUUACGACCUAAAUUGGUAGGAUUAGUCAUUUCAUUAUAAUAUCCAAUGAAACGACUUGGUUGCUCUAUGACGUUGAACCAAAUGUGAGGAAAUUACACUGAAUGCAGCGAAAGAACGCAGCACCUGAGAUUACUUCCAAAAAGUUUUUCACAUGCUCAAUUUUUUACGUUCAACGUUAUAUUCGUUCGGUACACACAUGUACCGAACCAAAGGGCCCAUACCGAAUAUUUUCGGUACAAAUACGUAUACCGUUACACCCCUAGUGCAAAGGCUUGGGACUUUAAAGAGGUUUAUUUGGACACCGCUGUCAAAAUACCUUGAGGAAAAGCUUUGUAGUUAGCUUGGGAGAAGUUAAUGAGACAUUGUGAGCUGAUACGAUCAUCCAAGAGGAAAGGAGCUGUGCUGUGAUAAAAUGAUUGUCCAUGUCCGGUUUCAUUCAUCCUCACACUUGGAUUUCUCGGUAUUGAUGCAACAAGCCUGAGAAAACAAAUCUGUAUGUAUUUCUUUUUAUAUAAGUGAUCAUUUUAUUUAAAAAAAAAGGUUUUGUUUCUUUUUGUUUAGUUUUUUUUAUCACAAAUCCUCCAUUCCAGCUGUUAACCUUUUUGGAGAAAAUCAAUUUACUCAACCAAACAAACUGUACCACAAUAUAUUACAUAGUACUCAGAGAGUUCAGAGGUGAAGAUUUUCAGAAGUGUUUUUUUUGUUGUUUUUUUUUACUGUAUAUGUUCAUUGAAUUUAGAGUUUCCAGAUUAAAUUUAAGUCUUUUAUUAA